GGGAAGAGAGAGAGAGAGAGAGCUUUGAUCAAUCUAUCAAUGGCGGAUGGAAAACCAGACGAGCAGCUCUUCCAGCUUCUUUCGGGUCUUCUCCAACAGGUUGAAUCGUUGACGAACACAGAGGAAGUAGAGUUACGUUCGAAGAUCGAAGCUCUGGGCUUAGAAGUCACCAAAGUGCCAUCAAAGUCCGCUCAGCCCCUCACCGAGGUGGAGAUUGCUAAUGAAUUGGAUAAGUUAUCAGCCAAGAUUGACGAUGUUGACGAGAUGAUCUCAUCGGCUCUUGCUUCUGAUCCGCAAGUUCAGACUCUUCUUAGCGGCACUGCCGAUGUUUGGAUGCCUGUUAUCACUGCCAACUCCGAAGAGAGACUCAACUUCACUGCUUCCAUCGAUGAUCUUGACGAUAUUACUACCAAUAACGACAAGAAGAGCAGCUCGUAAUCUCUUUUUUGGCUUCUCCAGCCUUUACUUUUUUCAGUUCAAUGUGUCAUCUCUCAGAUAUUUGAUGAUAAGAGGUUUAUUCGGAUUGAAUACAUACAUCGAAUAAAAAAAAGUUGUAAUUCAAUAUUGACAUUUGAUGAUUGUGGAUUAUGCAGAUUGAAUACAACAAAUGCAAAUUUGCACA